AUGCAAAAGAGACAGAAAACACUGAUAGCACCCGCUAUAGAUGAGUCAGCAACAGGUAUAAGGUAUGAUGAUGUAUACAUCUCACCGAGUCAUAUAAAAUUCAACGAAGCCUUCGAAGGAGUUGCGUAUCGACAGCGUAUUAUUAUCAAGAAUGUCGGGUAUAAACCAGCGCUUAUCAGAAUCUGCCCGCUAAAUUCUAUAGUUUUUCAAGUAAAAACUCUGAAAGGUGGAAUACGAGUGAGUCCUGGAUUAAGUAUAACAACAUAUGUGACUUACGAAUUCAAAAGACCGUCUAUAUUGCGUGCAAUAAUUCCGAUUGAGAUCAAUGGAAAGAUUUUCAAUUAUCACGUAAUAUCUACCUUAGCCACCGAAUAUAUCAACAUCGAACCGAAAUCAAUUGACUUUGGCACUGUCGAUAUUGGCCAUUCAUCCCAUUUAAAAAUAAUAACAAUCUGUAACGAAGGAAACAAAAGUACCAGAUUUUCGAUCGAUCUCGGACAAAAUGAUUUAGGCUUAAUGAUAAAACCUCUUCGUGGAAGAAUCAAACCACAAAAAGAAAUAAUACUUCAAAUUAAAUUAACGGGCAUAAACGAAGGCAUCUUUUAUAGCGAAUUUUGGAUUAAGUCUACUCCAAAUAUACGCGUUCCCAUCAAAGUGCAUGUAAUUGUGCCAAAAUUAGUAAUUUAUCAUUCGAAUACGACUGGAGAUUUUACCCUCAUCGAUUUUCCACCUACGGUAGAAAAUACCUGCAUUGAUCCUAUAAAAGAUAUUUCAAAGGAUAAUCCAUCAUCACAAAAAAUUUACAUACAAGAAUCAAUGACGGAAAUUUCAAUGUUGCCUUACUCAUUAAGAACUGAUGAAGGAAUCUAUGACGUAGUAAAGCUUUGUUUUUAUGGUGAAAUGGAAGCGAUACAAGUACAUUUCGAACCUGAUACUCUUUAUUUUGGAGACCUAAUUGUCGGCCAGAUAUCGCAGCGUGUGCUUCGUCUGACAAAUCUUUCUGCCAUUGCACCGAUAUAUCUAGAAUGUGCGCCAAAUGCAGCUGUACACUGCUAUCCGAAGUGGAUGAAACUCAUGCCUAAAACGUCGAUCGAAGUUCUUGUUAAAAUUUGCGGCAAAGAAAGCAAAAACAUAAAAUCUUCGUUCAAGAAAUCGAUUUUCGCAACCAAGGCAGCUAUACUGAUACCUUUAUCGCCUUUACAAAUAUAUAAAAUCCACAUUUAUCCAACCACUAUAGUCUUUGGACUGGUAGCAUCGAAUAGUUUCAACUAUCAUCGUUUGGUUGUAACGAAUACGAACGACAUUCCAGUGAUGAUACAAUUAAUAGCUACGUCAAUCAAGGGCAUCUCCUUUCCGGAAGGUGAUUUAAUGAUCUUACAACCAGGCUCGACGGUGACCAAAUUAAUCGAGUAUUUUGCGGACGAAGUUUACGGCAAGUUUAAUGGAUAUAUCAAUUAUAUAAUUAAUCAUAAUCACUCUUUCGAGCUCAAUAUUACUGCUUGCAUUGUUCGCAAACAAUUGUAUAUCGAUGAAAGAGAGAUUAAACUUGAGAAAGAAUGGUCGAGAGAAGAACUUUAUCAACCAAUAGCUUCUAUUAUUCGAAUUACAAAUAAAUUGAACGCGGAAAUACGCUUCAGGUGGGAAAUAUCAGCGAUGUCUGGAUUCUAUAUAGAACCGAAAUCGGGUUCCGUGCGGGAUAACGCUACUUCACUCGCUUACGUGCACUACGAAUUCAAUAACAUGAAGGAUAAUUAUUACACUCAAGCGAUAAUGAUAUGCGAGAGCGGAAUUCGCGUGUCUCUGCGGCUUAGCGCACCGCGAUUUGUGCCGAAAGUUCAAUUCGUGAAUGACAAUGCGAAUCUCGGGGAAAUACCCCUCCAUUUGCCAACGAAGGUGAUCGCCGUUCUCCAAAACUUUGAAUUUAACGAGGUGACGUAUGAAGUGGAUAGCGGUUCAUUGAUACACGGUUGCAACGUUAAUCCACUGCGAGGGAAAAUAUCUCCGCGCGGUAUUGCAAUUCUUGAGGUAUACCUUACGUUCAACGUUUGCUGUCACUUUACUAUCGAAAUUGCCAUUACGAUUCAAGGGUGCCUACAGUUACUGUAUAGAAUAAAUGGCAAUGUAUCAUUUCCGCGAUUGAGGCUCGUGCCGCAACGAAUAGACAUAAAACGCCUUAGAAUCGGUGCCAUUCAAACUCAUCAGAUAACAGCCACGAACGUUGGGACAACGUUAUUGAAACUCCAGGUUUUGUUGGAAGAGUAUCCCGAGUUUCACGUUUCUCUGUCGGCAAAUGACGAGAGUUCGACAAUAGGUACGGAAGGGAUAACCAUCGCCCCAGGUAUAAGUCAAAACCUCUAUUUGCACUUUCAACCAAUCGAUUUAGCCAGUUGCGCUUUCUAUUUGCCGAUUGUGAUAAAUGAGCUGCUUGGUCCAGUAUCGAUGUUGAAUCCCAAGAGCAUUCGACCAGCAGAAAUUUUGAAAUGGCAUGAAGCUCAUUACAUGUAUUUAUCAGGUUUUUCCAUGACGACAUUACCUGAUAAACUACCAACUGUAUCUAUCGAUUAUACCGUGGCUGGCCGCAUUAUUUUCUUCAGCAAACUUUUGUUUCGAUUCAACGCUUUGACUAACAAACUAUCUGAAGAGUUGUUUAUAGAGAAUCGAGUAACGGUGAAGGAAAUAUUAAUGUCAAUAAAUAUCGAGGAGUUUAACAAAGUUGAUUGCCCGUUCACCAUAAAAUGGUCUCGCGGUGCGGAGAUCAGAAGAACAACAGAUGCGAUCGAGUGCACUUUACAUCCUGGCGAUAACGUCUCUUUCAUUCUCGAGUUCAAGCCGAGAAAACGUGGCAAUUUUAGUGCAGAGGCACCGAUAUACAUUCGCGGUGAGCUCGACGACGGCGUCUUCAAUAAAUUACGUCUCGACGGCGAGUUUCCCGCCAGUUCGAUCGACGUUGAGCCAACGGAGAUAUAUUUUACGCCUGUUUCUCUCGGCACGGCGGUAGAGAAAAAGUUUACAAUCCGAGCAAAGCACUUUGAUAACACGGCGUUUAUACGGCCGAACUUUUUAACGCCGCGAUGCAGCGGCGAUUACAAAAAUGAAUUGUUGCGCGUUGACUUUCCAAACGGUAAUGUCAUCUCUCCUGAAUCGUGA